CACGGCGGCGCAGCAGGGCGAGAGCACCGGCGACUGCACAUCGUACGACCGGAGCACGUACAGACAAUCCAGGCCAUGUUCCCCGAUAUCCCCGAAGCUGCCAUCCGUCUGGACCUGUCUCGGACGGGCUCGCCGGUAAUCACCAGUGACAACAUUCUGCGCAACGGCGGAACGCUGCCUAUGCCGCCCGAGGCGCGACAACCGCAAGCGAGGCCGGUGAUGAUUGGUGAGACUACAGUGACGCUAAACUCGGGCACCGGCCAGCGACGGACAGCGGGAUCGGGUGGCACAUCGUCGGGCGUCCAGCUUAAUGCGGCUCAGUCGCCGUUGGUCAGCCGGUUGAGGAUCUCCAAGGACGCGGAUACAGAGCCCCUGCCGCCCCAGCCACCGAAGGUAUGGGAAACAGAUGCGGGCAAGCGCGCCGAGGUGCUGAUGAAGCGCAAGGAGUUUAUGCUGAUGGAGGCCCGCAAAAAGUUCCUCGAGAAGAAAAAGCAGAGCAAAGCGGCCGAGAAGGCACCGGCUGCGACAGCCUCGACGACUGCCGAGUAGAGCACCUUUGCAAUUUUUGCAGUAAAAAAUCACAAAUUUGUCGCUGUGGAUUAGGGUGCUGCUAUAGACAAUCCAUUGUUGUGGAUUAGGGUGCCGCUAUAGACAAUUCAAUCUCCGCACUGGCACAACGAACUCCCCCGCUCUUCUCUCCAGUUUCCUUCAGCCAAUUUUAAUUUCGUCUUUAUAUAAAUCUC